UCAGUGUGCGCGAGUUUCUCGUGGCGAUAGGUCGUUUCGCAAGUCUCGCUAAAAAUGGCGGAAUCUACAGGUGUAUCUGCUGCAAAUCCGAACGCCGAAAUAGUCAGGGGCCAACUUUUCGAAGUGGGACCCCGCUACACCAACCUGGCCUAUAUUGGGGAGGGCGCUUACGGAAUGGUCGUAUCGGCAUUUGACACAGUGACAAAAACAAAAGUGGCCAUCAAGAAAAUAUCACCUUUCGAACAUCAGACAUAUUGCCAAAGGACAUUGAGGGAAAUCAAAAUACUCACAAGGUUCAAACAUGAGAACAUAAUCGAUAUAAGGGAUAUACUGCGGGCGGUAACGAUAGACCAAAUGAAGGAUGUGUAUAUUGUACAAUGUCUGAUGGAGACUGAUCUUUACAAACUCUUAAAAACGCAGAGACUGAGUAACGACCACAUAUGUUACUUCCUCUACCAGAUACUUCGGGGGCUGAAAUACAUACACUCGGCGAACGUACUUCACAGGGAUCUGAAGCCCAGCAACCUGUUACUCAACACAACCUGCGACCUUAAAAUCUGUGAUUUUGGAUUGGCCAGAGUGGCAGAUCCAGACCACGACCACACCGGCUUCCUGACAGAGUACGUGGCGACCAGAUGGUACCGGGCCCCGGAAAUCAUGCUGAACUCCAAGGGCUACACCAAGUCCAUCGAUAUAUGGUCGGUCGGAUGUAUCCUGGCCGAGAUGUUGGCCAACCGACCCAUUUUCCCGGGCAAACACUAUCUAGAUCAGCUCAACCACAUCCUCGGUGUGCUGGGAUCUCCGUCAGCCGAUGACCUUAACUGCAUCAUUAACGAAAAGGCUAGAAGUUACCUUCAAUCGUUACCGUUCAGACCAAAGGUACCAUGGGUUAAACUCUAUCCAAACGCCGAUCCAAAAGCCCUGGAUCUGCUAGAUAAGAUGUUAACGUUCAAUCCACAUAAGAGAAUUGAAGUCGAACAAGCUCUCGCCCAUCCUUAUCUUGAGCAAUACUACGAUCCCGCCGAUGAGCCCACAGCUGAGACUCCCUUCCGAUUCGAUACCGAGUUAGACGACCUGCCCAAGGACACACUGAAAAGGUUAAUUUUUGAGGAAACACUCCUAUAUAAGCAAAGACAACAGCAAGAACAUGGGAUGGAGACUUCAUAACCAUAUUCGGAAAUCAACGUUUAAGUUUGUCAAGUUUUGUUCCACAAAAAAAAAUAUUUGAAGUGAUUUUAUAUUUAUCAAAUUGUAUUUUAUUCUAAAAUUGUUACAUUAUGUGUUUUUUUAUUGUUUGUCCAGUUCAUGAAAAUUUAGUACUAGGAACUUCUACACUCAAUAAGCAGUGGUGAACGUGUGGUAACCUGUUUCUGAUAUUUGCAGGUGUGAUUAUAAAUUUUAUUUCGUUUUAUCUAUAAAAAUUGUGACAAUAACUAAAGUCAUUCAUGUCUGAAACUUAUUACAGUGGUUACUUAUAUAAAUCCUCGAAUAUGUCUGUUGUCUGCGUUAAAUUAAUAAAUCUGGAAUCAAUUUUGUAUAUCGUUUAUUCAUCAGCUUCAAAGAACAUGGUAUAACGCAGUCUUGACUUGCAUCAAGACGUUAUUAAACGUAACUAGUCUUAAGAAAAAUCAAAUUAGAAAAAAUCACGGCAAAUGUCAAUUAAACAGUUUUAUGUUUCCUACUUUUAAAAAACAUAAACUUUAGAUCAUCGAAAAUUGCUUUGCCAUUUAAGUUCUUCGACGUUUUGAUAAUUUACAUUUAUUGAAUUAUCAUAAUAUGAGAAGAAUUUUUAGUAUCCAAUAGAAUGUUAGGUCUUAAGUAAAAACACACAAAUAUAAAUCAGAUAUCUAUUUUUGAAAUAUUAGUUUUUGUAAAGUAAAUAAAUUAUGGUUGUGUCAAACUGCACUAACUUUACCACUCACACAUAUUUAUUGGAGAUGAAACUGACUUAUUCUGUAUUUAUUUCAUGUUCCUUUUUUUGUAAAGUGUGAAAUGGCUAAUUAUUGUAAUCGAAUGGCAGAAUAUUGUAGGACGAUUUUAUUUUGUUGUGAAUAAGUCAGCUUUGCUCUAUUCAAUGUAUUUAAUAGUGCCAUUCCAAAAAUUCGAUAAAUAUUUAUUCCACUUGUAUUAACGAUUUCUUACAUACAUUUUAGUACACUAUGUGGCAGAAAAACAGUGUUAAUGUACAUUCCUUAUAAAAUUUUUCACUUGUUAACAUUAACAAAAAUGAUGCGAAAAUAACACUUACAUGAUGCAUUUAUAUUGGUAAAUGCAAAUUGAAAAGGUAAACUUGUCGAAAUAUAAUUGGAGAGUUAUUUUUGAAUCAUGAAUAUUUGUGAAUGUAUUGCAGAGUCUAACUUUAUAUUUUAUUGAGAUAAGCAAUACAUUUACUUUUAUACAGUAUCUUCCCAUUUUAUAUCAAAACGAUUUACAACAAGUUAUUCAGUAAUUUGUAUAUUUGUACAUAAUGUUAUGGUAUUAGUAAUUUUGUUAUAAUUUAUUUCUUUAAUUAUAUCCUAAUCACGCACAUUGAUAUCAAAAUAUUAAUUAUUGAAUACUGUGGAAAGCACUUUCAUAUAAUAUUUCUAACAAUAUCAUAAAAUAUAAUAUUUUGUCUGUGAUUACACCUUUUUGAUUUAAAUAUAAACAUCGUACCUAUUAUUGUAAGUAGUUUUAGAUAAUUUUAAAAGUUAUUAAAUUGGUGUAUGUCUCAUAAAUAAAUGAAAAACAUUCUUAAUGUGAUGUUCUUUGAUAUACCUAGUAAUGAUAUUGUAUAAACCAAGUUGCUGUAAUAUAUGUUAUUGAAUUCAACUACCCAAAAAUAUCACUCUUUGAGGAACUCUUCGAAUUCUUCCACAAUUAAACUUGCAAUAAAAACUUUUUAACGUUAUUCUACUACAACACCUAUAAUAAACGGGAAGACAUGAGACGGGUUCCAAUUUUUUAACAUAUAAGUAUAUCUUAUUCACCUAUGUGUUAUACAUGUCAUCAGUCUUGAGUAUAAAAAAUUAAAAACAGGUUUUGGGUGGUGGAUAUUGAGUGAAUAAAACUAGUACAAAACAUAAAAAACAUUAAUAACAUCAAAAAUAGUGCAAUUAAAGAAUUUGUUAAGCAGCUUUGGUACAUAACAAUAUUUUUUUAAAAAAUAAAAUAUCAAUGCAAAUUGUAUAGUAUUUUUGAAAGGAUGGUAAGAAUGACUUUUCGGAAGCAAGGUUGUUAAAAUGGCCUAAUAAACAUUUUUUCUUUCUAUAUAAAUGUUAUAAUAUAAACUGUUAUAGUGUUACAUUCUUAUUAUAGUCGUCUUGAUUAUUAUGUAAUUCCUAUAUAAGUGUACAAUAAAAUAAAAUAAAACUAA